CUGUGAUGAUGAUCAUGGAAUCAACGGAUGCCAUGUUCCAAACAAAACCAUGGUCGUAUUCUCAUGCAACAUUUUAUGGCGAUGAGACUGGACGGGAAACUAUGGGAGGGGCUUGCGGAUAUGGAAAUUUGUUUGCCAGUGGAUAUGGACUUGCUACUGCAGCAUUGAGCUCAACACUAUACAAGAAUGGCUUUGCUUGUGGUUCUUGUUUUCAGAUAAAAUGUACUAACUCUAAGUGGUGUAAUCCGGGAACACCAUACACAACUGUUACUGCUACAAACCUUUGCCCUCCUAACUGGUACCAAGAUAGUAACAAUGGUGGAUGGUGCAAUCCGCCCCGAGCCCAUUUUGACAUGGCUAAGCCUGCUUUCAUGAAAAUUGCUCAAUGGAAAGCUGGUAUCGUUCCUGUCAUGUAUCGCAGAGUUCCAUGUGCGAGGAAAGGUGGUAUGAAUUUCUCAUUUCAAGGAAAUGGAUAUUGGUUAUUAGUAUAUGUAAUGAAUGUAGGAGGAGGAGGAGAUAUAUCACAAAUGUGGGUGAAAGGAAGUAAAACAGGCAAAUGGAUCAGUAUGAGUCAUAAUUGGGGUGCAUCAUACCAAGCAUUUGCAGUAUUGGGUGGACAAGCACUUUCGUUCAAAAUCACUUCUUAUUCUACUAAGGAAACUAUUAUAGCUUACAAUGUUGCACCUCCUAAUUGGAGCACCGGUAUGACUUAUAAAUGUUCUGUCAACUUCCGUUAG